ACAACAAAACUAUCAGUGUAACGUCCACUACAUUUGACAGGUCAAAGAACUCCCUUCCUUAAGGACUUUACAAUAACCUUACAGGAGGCUAAAGCAUACAUAUCCGUGGGUAGUGGGUAAGCCUUGAGAGCACAGUGUAAGUCUUGGUAACAUUUUGAGGUAGAGAACUAGUAGACACUGAUCUGUUUUCCGGACCUCAAUGUAAUUGCAAGGGCACUUCAAGAGGGUAAGGGGCUAUUGCAACUACCCAAAUUCGCUAUUGUAGCAUAAAAGCUUUAAUUGACAGCACGUAUAGGAAUGAAAGACUGUGUUCUAAUGAAACUGUAAAAAGCAGACACAAAUAUGAAUGUCAUAUAAUUGUCAUGUGUCGCAAAACAUUUUUUUUUUUAACCUUUGAAAAAUGUGAAACCCAUUUUUAGCUCCCAGCUAUAUACAGCAGAACCUGCGAUGGGCCGGAUUUGCCCUGAGGGUUGUAGUUGGCCCCUGUGGUACGCAUGAAAUGCCAGAAUUUUAAAAAGAUGUGUUAAGUGUGGGACCAUUUGUGGGGCGGUUUAUGCUAACUUCCAAUACUGUAAUAUAUGUCAAAUCGCUUUUGAGUGCCAUUUAGUCUGGGUGGCCAUGCCCAGGAAUGGAUACAGAUAAAGGGGCGCGGCGGUGCCGCGCACCACCCUCUAGGAAACUGGUAUCGCAGCCCGCAGCUCCUAGGAACUGAGACAGCUUGGGCAGGGGCUUCAGGGACGCGGAGAGGGAGGCUUAUCUCUGCCUAAAGAGGAUAGCGGCCCCCAAACAAGCAAGCCAGGAUACUGCUCCGAGGUCCCGCCCACGAAGGCAAAACGUAGUCCCACCGCUCACACACCCGGGAAACACAAUAGCAGCACAGCACGCCCCAUCGGCAAGCCACGCCUCGCGCAGCACGCACGCACGCACGCAUACACGUCUGUCGCUGCUUCCCGCCUUGCGCUCCGUCAUGCUCUAUUGCGCAUACCUCGGGGAGGGGGAAGAACGGAGAUUGACAGGGACGCAGAGGCCUGAGCGAGGCGGAAAAACCUCACCCGGGCUAGCGGGUAGACCCAAACGGCUAGUGCGUCACUUCCGCUGGGGGCGGGGCGGGGCUGAGUAGGUGGUGACCCAGCUGCUGCGCCAGUGUUUGUGUUGGAAGCUCAGCUGAUGCAGGCCGGUAGGAGUGGACGUCAAUGCCGGGAACGAGCGAGUCGCCGCUGCAGCCCUUGUGACUGCGGCCUGCAUCCCGGUAAGACCAUGAAUUAUGGCAUUUCUUAAAUGAAGCACUCAAGAAGUGAGAGAAUGUCAUAGAAAAUAAAUGAUUUUUAAGUUAUGUCUAUUAAUCUGACUGUAGAUAUAUAUAUUUACCUCCUUAGUAAUGCAAGAAGUGUUUGUGGGAAGCAGAGAAGCAAGCAACUGCAUUUCUUGUUCUCACCUAAGCAUUGCUGGAGGAUAAGCCACAUCAGUCUACAAAGAGGUUUUCAUACAAACAUAAUAAGAUGUAAAUGGACCAAAAGCGAAGCACAUUCUUGCAGUAAGCACUGUUACUCUCCAAGCAACCAUGGUUUACAUAUUGGAAUUUUGAAACUUAGCACUUCUGCUCCCAAGGGACUUACAAAAGUGAACAUUUGUGUGUCCCGUAUUAAAAGUACUUUGAACUCUGUUUCAAAGGCUAUUUUUGGCAAUCGAAAUGAAAUGAUUUCACGUUUAGCUCAAUUUAAGCCAAGUUCCCAAAUAUUAAGAAAAGUAUCAGAUAGUGGCUGGUUAAAACAGAAAAACAUUAAACAAGCCAUCAAAUCUCUGAAAAAAUAUAGUGACAAAUCAGCAGAAAAGAGUCCUUUUCCAGAAGAGAAAAGUCACAUUAUAGACAAAGAAGAAAAUAGAGGUAAACGCAGUCUUUUUCAUUACACAAAUAUUAUAACCACAAAAUUUGGAGAGUCAUUCUACUUUUUAUCAAAUCAUAUUAAUUCAUACUUCAAACGUAAGGAAAAAAUGUCUCAAGAAAAGGAAAAUGAACAUUUCCAGGAAAAAUCAAAACUUGAAGAUAAAGAGGUGGAAGAGGGGAAAUUAAGUUCUCCAGAUCCUGGCAUCCUGGCUUACAAGCCAGGCUCAGAAUCUUUAGAUACUGUGGACAAGCCUACAAGUCCUUCUGCAAUACCUGAUGUUCUUCCAAUUUCAACUAAACAAAGUAUUGCCAACUUACUUUCUCGUCCCACUGAAGGUGUACAAGCUUUAGUAGGUGGUUAUAUUGGUGGACUUGUCCCCAAAUUAAAGUAUGAUUCUAAGAGUCAAUCAGAAGAACAGGAAGAGCCUGCUAAAACUGAUCAGGCUGUGAGCAGAGAGAGAAAUGCAGAGGAGAAAAAGCGUUUAUCUCUUCAGCGAGAAAAGAUUAUCGCAAGGGUGAGUAUUGAUAACAGGACCCGGGCAUUAGUUCAGGCAUUAAGAAGAACAACUGACCCAAAACUCUGCAUUACUAGGGUUGAAGAACUGACUUUUCAUCUUCUAGAAUUUCCUGAAGGAAAAGGAGUGGCUGUCAAGGAAAGAAUUAUUCCAUAUUUAUUACGACUGAGACAAACUAAGGAUGAAACUCUUCAGGCUGCAGUUAGAGAAAUUUUGGCCCUAAUUGGCUACGUGGAUCCAGUGAAAGGGAGAGGAAUCCGAAUUCUCUCAAUUGAUGGUGGAGGAACAAGGGGCGUGGUUGCUCUCCAGACCCUACGAAAAUUAGUUGAACUUACUCAGAAGCCAGUUCAUCAGCUCUUUGAUUACAUUUGUGGUGUAAGCACAGGUGCCAUAUUAGCUUUCAUGUUGGGGUUGUUUCAUAUGCCCUUGGAUGAAUGUGAGGAACUUUAUCGAAAAUUAGGAUCAGAUGUAUUUUCACAAAAUGUCAUUGUUGGAACAGUCAAAAUGAGUUGGAGCCAUGCAUUUUAUGACAGUCAAGCAUGGGAAAACAUUCUUAGGGAUAGAAUGGGAUCUGCACUGAUGAUUGAAACAGCAAGAAACCCCACAUGUCCCAAGGUAGCUGCUGAUGGAGGUUUGCUUCUGAAUAACCCUUCGGCUUUAGCUAUGCAUGAGUGUAAAUGUCUUUGGCCAGAUGUCCCGUUAGAGUGCAUAGUAUCCCUGGGCACCGGACGUUAUGAGAGUGAUGUGAGAAACACGGUAACACACACAAGCCUGAAAACCAAACUUUCUAAUGUUAUCAACAGUGCUACAGAUACAGAAGAAGUCCAUAUAAUGCUUGAUGGCCUGUUACCUCCUGACACCUAUUUUAGAUUCAAUCCUGUAAUGUGUGAAAACAUACCUCUAGAUGAAAGUCGAAAUGAAAAGCUGGAUCAGCUGCAGUUGGAAGGGUUGAAAUACAUAGAGAGAAAUGAACAAAAAAUGAAAAAAGUUGCAAAAAUAUUAAGUCAAGAAAAAACAACUCUGCAGAAAAUUAAUGAUUGGAUAAAAUUAAAAACUGAUAUGUAUGAAGGCCUUCCAUUCUUUUCAAAAUUGUGAUGAGUAUAUGCAUAUGGUCUCAUAAAUGAAGCCCUGUUCAGAAGAUCCACCACAUUCAAUAAGGAAUUGUGGGAUUCGACAUGAGUUAACUUUGAAAUACUUAUGAAUUCUGGAGAAUCCUGAAAAAGAUGGUGCUUCGACCAGCUUGCACAGUACAGAGAAUAUUCUUGGUUACAGAAUUCAUAUGGGAACUAGACUUUUAAGAUGUUAAUAAUUAACUAAGCUUUAGUAACCUUACUGUGCUAGUUGGUUUUAGUAGAUGUUGGUGUUAUAUUGUUUGAUGUUUGAAAAUUUAUUAAUAUAUGUGCCGAACAAGAAACCGAAAGCUAUAUUGUACUUUGUGUUUUUACUUUAGUCCUCAUAAUCAUGUUAAAUUUAUGUGAUCAUUGAUUUUAUUUCAUAUGGAAAAGCUAAUUUCUUCUUAAAUUUACGUUACCUAAUCUCACUAGCUAUGUUCUCCAAUCCACACUGCCUUUAUUGUAAUAUCGUCUAAAUAGAUGCAGAAAAUGGAAUUUUCUCUAUUAAAGUAUUUUACAUUUGAAAUAUGAAAGAACCAGAUACAGUUUUCUAUUCAAAUAUGUUUAUUUUAACAUUGGUUAAAAAAGGUGAAGUUCCUGUCAACCACUUUUUAAUCCCUAAAAUUUCAAGAUAAUGCUGUAUUAACUUUUCCAGAUCUAACACUAGCUUAUUCUUCCCUGUUAUAAAAUGGUUUGAACUUACUGAGAAAAUAUUCCUAUCAUUAACAAAAAUAAACCAUUUAAUUAAUCUGUUAAAAGGCUAAUGUCAUUUUAAAAUUAAUUUUUGUUCAUAAUGUAGCUCCCCUUUAGCCUUUGAAUACACCUGGCAGCAGUAUGCUUUAAAAUUACAAGUUAGGGCAUGACAUGGUAGCUCACACCUGUAAUCCCAGCACUUUGGGAGGCCGAGGCAGGCAGAUCACCUGACGUCAGGAGUCCAAGACCAGCCUAGCCAACACGGUGAAACCCCGUCUCUAAUAAAAAUACAAAUAUUAGCCAGACAUGGUGGCACACGACUAUAGUCCCAGCUACUCGGGAGGCUAAGGCAGGAGAAUGGCUUGAACCUGAGAGACGGAGGUUGCAGUGAGCCGAGAUAGUGCCAGUGCACUCCAGCCUGGGCAACAGAGCAAGACUCCGUCUCAAAAAAAAAAAAAGAAGUUACCUUUCUUUUAACUCCUUUGAACUGUCUGGAUUUCACAGAAGUUGGUAAGAUGCACUUACAUGGAACAUUGUUUAUGCCAAACAAAUUCAUCUUUGUUGUAUCUAUUUGUCACAUAAAUCCUUACAUGGAAUAUUUAGAUUUCUCAAGAAAAAUGAAACAAAGGUAAGUGCCGCUUGUUUUAGACAUAUAAACUAAAGCUAGACCCGGUUGCCCAGAUAGUCAUACUGCUUCUUUGCAAUGUCAGUUCACAGAGGCUGUGAGAUGUGUUUCAAGGAGUGGAGUUGAGAGUCUGGAUGCUAAUCCUGUUUUUGCUGCAAGAACCCUUCUGUUUGUGACCUUGAGGAAGACAAAUGUCUGUAGACUUUGCGUAUCCCAUUUGUAAAAUGAGGAAAGCUAGCUGUAAAAUUUUCUAACAUCUGAGUUAUAUCAACUUUAGAUAUAGUAUAAAAUAGGAAACUACCAAUGAUUUCUAAAGAUAAUAUAAAAUAGUCCUUUCAGACCACAAAUAUUACAUAAUAACAUGCAGCUAAGAACUUGUAAAUGCAAGAAAAAUACAAAUAAUUGGGAAUCAGAAUAUUUCUGGGAAUUCUUCGUAAUAAAGCAAAUUUCAAGCACGAUAAAGUAAUAUUUAUGCAUAUUUACAUGUUUGCACCUCAUCAUGAGGUCAGUCUAGUCUUAAACUGAUAUAGUUCAUCUGUCUUAAAGCUGAAGUUAACUAUUUCCCUUAUUUGUGCUUGACUUAUUUCUUUCUUAAAUAAUGCAUUACACAAGUGAA